UUAACGUAAGUCGAAUGACAGGGUAGUCGGGAUGAAAAUGAGGCGGACACUCGGUCAUCUCCUCAGUGCAAACGCGUUCUUUCCAAGGGACCUCUAGACUCGGAUCAUAUCACUAUGGGAGCUAUUUGUAUUGCAAGGCGCUUUUGUUUGUUUUUGCUCCUGUUAAAUACUCGCCAAAGCUCCGCACUUGCAGAGAAUCGAGAUGCAGACCAGUGUGCCGAAGGAAGUGAUGGCUGUCACAUUGACGCUAUUUGUCAAAAUACUCCUUCUUCUUACAAGUGCACGUGUAAACCAGGCUUUAAGGGGGACGGCAAACAGUGUGAAGACGUUGAUGAAUGCGAUAUCGAGUACAAUGGUGGCUGUGUACACGAAUGUAACAACAUACCAGGCAAUUAUCGCUGCACUUGCCACGAUGGAUUCAUGUUAGCACAUGAUGGACAUAAUUGUCUAGACGUGGACGAGUGUGCGUUCAACAAUGGUGGGUGCCAGCAUGUGUGUGUCAACACCAUGGGCAGCUACGAGUGCCGCUGCAAGGAUGGCUUCUUCCUCAGUGACAACCAGCACACCUGCAUCCACCGUUCGGAAGAGGGCCUCAGCUGCAUGAACAAGGAACACGGAUGUGCACACAUCUGCAAGGAGACGCCCAAGGGGGGCGUAGCCUGCGAGUGCAGGCCUGGGUUCGAGCUAGCCAAGAACCAGAGAGGCUGCAUCUUGACCUGUAACCACGGUAACGGGGGGUGCCAGCAUAUGUGCGAAGACACGGAUCACGGGCCCAUUUGCAGGUGUCAUGUGAGGUACUCCCUGCAUGCGGAUGGAAGGUCCUGUGUAGAGAGAGACGAGGCAGCUGCCGAGACCUCAGAGCACAACGCCACAUCCCUUGCCGAGGUGGACAAGCGAGUCAAGCGGAGACUUCUCAUGGAGACCUGCGCCGUGAACAACGGGGGCUGCGACUGCACCUGCAAGGAUACCUCCACCGGCGUCCGCUGCAGCUGCCCCGUCGGCUUCACCCUCCAGCCAGACGGCAAGACCUGCAAAGACAUCGACGAGUGUGAGCACCACAACGGCGGCUGCGACCACUUCUGCAGGAACACCAUCGGCAGCUUCGAGUGCAGCUGCAGGAAGGGCUUCAAACUCCUGACAGACGAGCGGUCCUGCCAAGAUAUCGAUGAGUGCUUCUUUGAGAGGACGUGUGACCACAUGUGUGUGAACUCCCCGGGGAGCUUUGAGUGUGUGUGCAACAAAGGCUACACUCUGUAUGGGCUGGCCCACUGUGGAGAUGUUGAUGAAUGCAGUGUGAACAACGGCGGAUGUGAGCACAGCUGUGAGAACACCAUGGGAGGCUUUGAGUGCCACUGCAACCCUGGCUUCAAGCUGCAUUGGAACAAGAAGGAUUGUGUCGAAGCAGAUGGUUUGCCGGCAGCCAAACCACCAGCUAAGCCCACCCUCAACUGCAGUAAACAGGAAGAGGGCGACCGCUGCUUCCUGACCUGCCAGUCGCAGGUUCACAUCAGCAGCGGGAUGGAGGAUUCCUAUACGGUGACCUGUGGAAUGCCUCUACUCUGCCUGACUGGAGGACAAAAAAACGAGAGUAGCUCCUAUUGCUUGGGGUCGGAUAUGACAAGCACUCCACGGAUUAAGACAUCUGCUACUUUCAAAUCUGGCACAGGGAAAUGCAAUUUAAAAAGGAGCCAAGAGAAGCUGAAGGAGAGCUUGAAUACUGCUCUGUCAGACAGGAAGUCCCCUUUCACGGAGAAUGUCCAGUUCAGCUUUGUCAGCCUGCGUUGUAGCUCGGCCGGCCGGAGGCCCCGCAGCCGGCAUGGCAGGAAGGCGGGGGAGGAGGAGGGGUCCUCCAUCUCCGCCGAGUUUGAGCUGGAUGUGAACCUAGAGGAGGUAACAGAGAGCUGCGACCUGGGCUGCGUGCGGCGCCGCUCCGAGAAGCGCCUGCGGAAGACCAUCCGCACGCUGCGCAAGUCCAUCAACCGCGAGCAGUUCCACCUGCGCUUCGCCGGCUCCGAUUACGAGCUGGCCAAGAAGAUGAGCCGGCCCGCGGACCCGCCUGAGCACUGCGCCACCGGACAGAUGCUGCUGGACAAGAAGUGUGUGAGCUGCAGCGUCGGAACAUACUACGACGGCGACCAGGGGAGGUGUGUCCUGUGCCCGCCUGGAACCUACCAGGACGAGGAAGGCCAGGUGUCGUGCGAGGUCUGUCCAGGACCCGAGGUGACAGGAAGCCCCAGAACCGUAGGAGCCCGGAACAUCUCGGAGUGCGGAGGUCAGUGCCCCCCAGGUCAGUACUCCCACGACGGCUUUGUCCCGUGCCUGCCCUGUCCCCUGGGCUCCUACCAGCCUGAGAUGGGCCGUACUUCCUGCUUCCCCUGUGGAGGGAAUCUCGUCACCAAACACGUCGGGGCAGUGUCUUUUCAGGACUGCGAGACCAAAGUUCAGUGCUCACCUGGGCAUUACUACAACACCAGUACGCACCGCUGCAUCCGCUGUCCCAUGGGGACCUACCAGGGCGAGUUCGGCCAGAACUACUGCAUGGCCUGCCCUGGGAACACUACCACCGACUUUGACGGCUCCACCAGCAUCAUGCAGUGCAAGAAUCGACAUUGCGGAGGGGAACUGGGAGACUACACUGGUUACAUUGAGUCCCCCAACUACCCUGGGAACUACCCAGCUAAUAUCGAGUGCACCUGGACCAUCAACCCCCCACCCAAGAGGAGAAUCCUCAUCGUGGUUCCCGAGAUAUACCUCCCCAUUGAGGAUGAGUGUGGAGACUAUCUGGUCAUGAGGAAAAGCUCUUUCCCGAACUCGGUAACGACCUACGAGACGUGCCAGACGUACGAACGACCCAUCGCUUUCACCUCCCGCUCCAAGCGGCUGUGGAUUCAGUUCCGAUCCAAUGAGGGCAACAGUGGGCGGGGCUUCCAGGUGCCUUAUGUCACAUACGAUGAGGAUUACCAGGAGCUAAUUGAAGACAUAGUGAGAGAUGGCCGAUUGUAUGCAUCUGAGAAUCACCAAGAAAUUCUGAAGGACAAGAAGCUGAUGAAGGCUCUCUUUGAUGUCCUGGCCCACCCGCAGAACUUCUUCAACUACACCGCGCAGGAGUCUCGAGAAAUGUUCCCUAAGUCCUUCAUCCGAUUCCUGCGCUCCAAAGUCCUGCGGUUUCUGAGGCCCUAGGGGACGAGUGCAGAGCAACGACUCUGCCGUGGUCCCCCAAACGCUUCCUGUUCGUCACCCCUCCCGGUUUAUACCUUUGAUUAACGGAGAGAAUUCACCUGAAA